UGCCAUGGUCACAUCGAAGCCUGCCGCAGCUGGCCCGGGCAGCUGCUCCUGGGCCCCGGCCCUGGACUCUCGGACAAAGCCAGGCAGCUUCGGCUCGAGAGCAGGAACCCCAAAGGCUUGAGACUGAAGUGACUGCGACCCAGGAAAAGGCUGAGCUGCAGACAGCCGUCCUGCCUGCGCUGCCCUCUGAUAGCUCCUGCCCGCUGCGUGCACUGUGGAGAUGCCAUCCCCACCCCCGUAGGCCCGAGGCAUCUGGAGCGAUGGGGCCUAGGGGCCGCUCGCCUCUGCUGCUGCUGGUGCUGCUCUUGGUGGCAGAUGGAGACGCUGACAUGAAGGGACAUUUUGACCCUGCCAAGUGCCGCUAUGCACUGGGCAUGCAGGACAGGACCAUCCCGGACAGCGACAUCUCCGUGUCCAGCUCCUGGUCAGACUCCACGGCCGCCCGCCACAGCAGGCUGGAGAGCAGCGACGGGGAUGGGGCAUGGUGUCCCGCAGGGCCUGUGUUCCCCAAGGAGGAAGAGUACCUGCAGGUGGACCUGCGGCGCCUGCACCUGGUGGCCCUGGUGGGCACUCAGGGACGCCACGCUGGUGGCCUGGGCAAGGAGUUCUCCCGCAGCUACCGGCUGCGUUACUCCCGGGACGGCCACCGCUGGAUGGACUGGAGGGACCGCUGGGGCCAGGAGGUGAUCUCGGGUAACCAGGACCCCAGGGGUGUGGUGCUGAAGGACCUGGGGCCCCCCAUGGUAGCAAGACUGGUUCGCUUCUACCCCCGGGCAGACCGGAUCAUGAGCGUUUGUCUGCGGGUGGAGCUCUAUGGCUGCCUGUGGAGGGAUGGGCUCCUGUCCUACACGGCCCCUGUGGGGCAGACCAUGCACGUACCUGAAGCCGUGCACCUCAACGAUUCCACCUACGAUGGGUUCACCGUGGGCGGGCUGCAGUAUGGUGGCCUGGGCCAGCUGGCUGACGGCGUGGUGGGGCUGGAUGACUUCAGGCAGAGCCAGGAGCUGCGGGUCUGGCCCGGAUACGACUACGUGGGGUGGAGUAACCGCAGCUUCCCCAGCGGCUUCGUGGAGAUGGAGUUUGAGUUUGACCGGCUGAGAGCCUUCCAGGCCAUGCAGGUCCAUUGCAACAACAUGCAUACGCUGGGGGCCCGCCUGCCGCGCGGGGUGCAGUGUCAGUUCAAGCGGGGCCCUGCCACGGCCUGGGAGGGGGAGCCCGUGCGCCAUGCUCUGGGGGGAAGCCUGGGGGACCCCAGAGCCCGGGUUAUUUCUGUACCCCUGGUUGGCCGUGUGGGUCGAUUUCUGCAGUGCCGCUUCCUCUUCGCCGGGCCCUGGCUGCUCUUCAGCGAAAUCUCCUUCAUCUCUGACGUGGUGAAUGACUCCUCCCCGGCUGUGGGGGGCACCUUUCCGCCAGCCCCCUGGGGACCGCCCGGCCCUCCUCCCACCAACCUCAGCAGCUUGGAGCUAGAGCCCCGGGGCCAGCAGCCUGUGGCCAAGGCGGAGGGCAGCCCGACCGCCAUCCUCAUCGGCUGCCUGGUGGCCAUCAUCCUGCUGCUGCUGCUGAUCAUCGCGCUCAUGCUGUGGCGGCUGCACUGGCGCCGGCUCCUCAGCAAGGCUGAGCGCCGGGUCCUGGAGGAGGAGCUGACCGUUCACCUCUCUGUCCCCGGGGACACCAUCCUCAUCAACAACCGCCCUGGGCCCCGGGAGCCACCCCCGUACCAGGAGCCCCGGCCACGCGGGAACCCACCCCACUCUGCACCCUGCGUCCCCAACGGCUCUGCGCUGCUGCUCUCCAAUCCGGCCUACCGCCUCCUUCUGGCCACUUACGCCCGUCCCCCUCGAGGCCCGGGCCCCCCCACACCCGCCUGGGCCAAACCCACCAACACCCAGGCCUGCAGCGGGGACUACAUGGAGCCCGAGAAGCCAGGCACCCCGCUCCUGCCCCCGCCUCCCCACAACAGUGUCCCGCAUUAUGCCGAGGCUGACAUUGUCACCCUGCAGGGCGUCACCGGGGGCAACACCUAUGCCGUGCCUGCGCUGCCCCCAGGGGCAGCUGGGGACGGGCCCCCCAGAGUGGACUUCCCCCGAUCACGGCUCCGUUUCAAGGAGAAGCUCGGCGAGGGCCAGUUUGGGGAGGUGCACCUGUGUGAGGUAGAGGACCCUCAAGACCUAGUCAGUCUUGACUUCCCCCUCAGCGUGCGCAAGGGGCAGUCUUUGCUGGUGGCUGUCAAGAUCCUACGGCCAGAUGCCACCAAGAACGCCAGGAAUGACUUCCUGAAGGAGGUGAAGAUCAUGUCGCGCCUCAAGGACCCCAACAUCAUCCGGCUGCUGGGCGUGUGUGUGCAGGAUGACCCGCUCUGCAUGAUCACAGACUACAUGGAGAACGGUGACCUGAAUCAGUUCCUCAGCGCCCACCAGCUGGAGGACAAGGCCGCCGAGGGGGCGCCGGGGGACGGGGAGGCCGCGCAGGGGCCCACUAUCAGCUACCCGAUGCUGCUGCACGUGGCUGCCCAGAUUGCCUCUGGCAUGCGCUACCUUGCUACACUCAACUUCGUGCACCGAGACCUGGCCACGCGGAACUGCUUGGUAGGGGAGAAUUUCACCAUCAAGAUUGCAGACUUUGGCAUGAGCCGGAACCUGUAUGCUGGGGACUACUACCGAGUACAGGGCCGGGCGGUGCUGCCCAUCCGGUGGAUGGCCUGGGAGUGCAUCCUCAUGGGCAAGUUCACGACAGCAAGUGACGUGUGGGCGUUCGGGGUGACCCUGUGGGAGGUGCUCAUGCUCUGCAGGGCCCAGCCCUUUGGGCAGCUCACAGAUGAGCAAGUCAUCGAGAACGCCGGGGAAUUCUUCCGGGACCAGGGCCGGCAGGUGUACCUGGCCCGGCCACCCGCCUGCCCCCAGGGCCUGUAUGAGCUGAUGCUGCAGUGCUGGAGCCGGGAGCCUGAGCAGCGACCGCCCUUUGCCCAGCUGCACCGGUUCCUGGCUGAGGACGCGCUCAAUACAGUGUGACUUGACAGCCAGCUGCCCCGCUGGGGAGCGACCUCGGGGAAGCCAGCGACACUACAGGAAGUGGGGUGCACCGUUCCCCAUAGCCAUCUGAGAGGCUGCAGGGUGGGCGACCACCGUGGACGGCAGCGCCCAUCUUCUGGUUCUUCUGUCUGCUCCUCCUUAGAGCCCCCGCCACCCACCUAGCUGGCCCUGUGGAUGGGAUCCUCUCCGACGUCCACAGCGUCCCUCGGGUGGGGCAGGUGCACGGGAGACACUGGACGGGGCCCAUUGGAGGCCGGGCCUCGCUGGAUGACACUGGCCUUGGGGAGGUGGCUCUGCCCCAGUCCCCCUCUUCCUGUCAUACACUGGACCCCGCUGGCUGGGAAUUGGGGGAGAAGGACACGAAGGGACAGAAGAAGCUCCCUGGUGCUUUUCCCUGGAAUUGGACACACUGGACCUGGGGGCCAUCCUGCCCCUUCCUCCGACCCUCGGGAUUCCCACUUUCCACCUGUCACGCUGUAGCUAGGACUUCCCAAAGCCUGUACACUUCCCUGGAGUAAAUACUGGGAUUAGGGGGAGAGAGGGAGCAAAGGCUUGUGGCCUGGGGCCGAACAUCUCCAUGUAGUUACCACAUUGGUUUUUCUGUAAUCACUUGGGGUUUGUACAUUUUUGGGGGGAGAGACAGAUUUUUACACUAAUAUAUGGACCUAGCUUGAGGCAAUUUUAAUCCCCUGCAGUAGGCAGGUAAUAAUAAAGGUUGAGUUUUCCA